CUUCAUCAGUCAUUCCUUGGUUCUUCUCUUCUUGCGAAAAUCGGAAGAAAAAGUUCAACGAUGAUGAGCAGUAGUAUCGAAGAGGAUUUUUUCACCGAAAUCGACGAUAUUGCCGGCAGCUUUUCUGCCAAGUCAAUCUCCUCGGCUCUCGCCAAAAUUGCCACUAUGGAGAUCGAGAGUGUUCCGGCGGAGCAUCGUUGUGGGCUCUUGAGACGUCACGCUGAGUAUCUCUACAUGAUGAGCGACUAUCAGACGUUGAAGGAGAAGCGUGUGGAGAUGUUGGAGAGUGCUUACAACAAGGCUCGUCAAGGACAUCUGACGGAUCCCGGCAAUUUCGAAUGCGCAAAGGUCUUGUGCUCCACUUGUGGACGGCUCGCCGAGGAAAGCUCUCUCAAGAAGAAGCUCGACUACGGAUUCAAGUUCAAGACCUAUUUGGAUGAAGCCAUUGCAAUCUAUGAUCAGGACUUUGAGCUGACUCACAUGAGAGGACGGUUCUGUUAUACGGUGGCCUCGCUUUCGUUUGUCGAACGUUGUGCUGCGAAGGUGAUUGGGCAGAUUCCGGAUUGCACCUACCAAAUGGCUCUGGACGAUCUCCUGAGAGCUGAUCAACUCGAGGAGAAUAUCGCUGAGAAUCAGUUUUUCAUUGGAAAAACUUACAUGGCUAUGGGAGAUCUUGUCAACGCGAAGAGAUGGCUUCAAAGGACCGCUGCCAACACUACCGAGGUGCCAGUUGAGCAGGAAUUCGUCGAUGACGCCGCUGCUCUUUUGCUCGAGAAGAAGCUGAAGUCUGUGAAGAUUUGAUAACUCGAUUGAUAGCUUUUUUGUGAUGAAUUCUAGAAUAUUGGAGGCUUUUAGUAAUAAAAUUUAUUUCAAAUA